GGCAAAGGCUAGAUUCGUGAGUUUGCGCUACCAAUAUUACCACAUGUAACUUGCCUUAUUUCACUAUCUGUCGAUUAUCUUGGAAAAAAAAAGAGCUUACCGUAAAUUUUUCAUUUUAAAUUUAUUCAUCAAAUUCACACUAAUUUUACUUAUAAAAAUGAAGCAAACUCGACGACUAAUAUCCUCAAUUCAAAAAGAGAGAGAAAUGGCAAACAUACAAGGAUCAUCAUCUCCCAUGAUCGGUGGAGAUGGGUCUCAUAGUUAUGCUAAGAACUCUACUUUUCAGAAAGCCGUAUUAGAUGCUGCACAGGGAUGGAUGAAUGAAGCCAUUAACGACAAGCUUGACUUUACUGUUCUUGAUUUUGAUUCUUCAAACCCAACAUUUAGAAUUGCAGAUCUUGGUUGUUCAACAGGGCCCAACACCUUCUUUGCAGUGAAAAACAUUAUUGAAGCCGUGGAGAAAAAAUACCAAACACAUUUUCAGAAGCCUCCAUUGAUAGAAUUUCAAGUUUUCUUCAAUGAUUUCAAUGGAAAUGAUUUUAAUAUUCUCUUCAAGACCCUUCCGUCAUAUCAGAAUUAUUUUGCUGCUGGCAUUCCUGGUUCCUUUUACACUCGGUUGUUCCCUAAAUCCACCAUUCAUUUCGCACAUUCCUCUUAUUCACUGCACUGGCUUUCUAAAAUUCCACCGGAAAUUGUGGACAGUAAUUCUCCGGCGUGGAAUAAAGGAAGCAUACAGUGCACUGGAUAUUCGAAAGAAGUAGCUAAUGCUUAUUUAGGUCAGUACAAGAAGGAUGUGAAUAUGUUCCUAAAUGCUAGAGCUGAAGAGAUCGUCGGUGGUGGGUUAAUAGUAAUUCUCAUUGGUGGUCGGCCAGACGGGAUUUUUAUGUCGCAGACCAGUACCGGCGUCGUCUUUGAUUUGCUUGGGGCUAGCCUUGCAGAAAUGGCUAACUUGGGCGAGAUUAGUGAUGAAAAGAUGAAUUCCUUCAACCUUCCAGUUUACUACGCAACUCCCAAAGAGAUUAAAGAAAUUAUAGAAGAAAACGGACAUUUUAGCAUUGAAAAAAUGGAACAAGUGACGCAUCCAAUGGUAAUGGCGAUGAAGAUGAAGAACAUGUCUAUACUGGAGAUUGUCGUUUCGAGUCUACGAGCUAUUUUUGAAAAAAUCUUCACAGAGCACUUCGGAAAUGAAGAGAUAGUAAACAAAUUAUUCCAACGUUUCGCCAUCAAACUUCAAGAAAUUUACCCGGGCUUUCAUAAAAUAAUUAACCAUUGCAUUGAACACUUUAUUUUCUUAGAGCGCAAAAUCUAAUUGAUUGAGAUUUAAAUACUAAUGUUUUUGGUCUGCUUCUUUUCUUCUUCAUAAUGCAAAACAAAAGCUCUGAUUACUUCAGCUAUAGUAGAUGGUCGAACCACAAGUAGGAUGGAUUGGCGUCUUUCUAACCGUCAGUUCUCGAUUGUUGUACUCAUAAUUUUUUUUCAAUUUUAUCUUUUAAUUGUUUCAUUUCAUCCUCUUUGUGAAAAUUACGUACAAAUAAAAUUAUUAUAAUAAUAAUUUUUAUUUAUUGGAA